AUGGGCGAAACACCGGAACAAGUUGUAGCACGACUUAGGACUCUGGAGCAACUAGCUCAGAGCUUUGGCUUAGUUCUUCAAAACCAAAUCAACAACAACCACCAUGGAGACGAUCCGGAAGCUAUCAUAGCGAAAAAGAUUUCCUCUCUAAAACCACCAACCUUUGUUGGUAGAGAAGACCCAUUACUUCUCGAAAAUUGGAUAAGAGACUUCGAAAAGAUUUUCACCGCCACGGGUACGCAUGAGGCCCAGAAAGUAGACCAAGCGACCUUCUACUUUCACGAGGAUGCUGAUAAUUGGUGGGGAAGUGUAGGUCCAAUUGUUAAAGCUCAAGAGAACUUUAACUGGGAAGCGUUUAAGGUAGCAAUUAAGCCUCGAUUCUUCCCCGAGCACAUUCGUAGGCAGAAAUACAAUGAGUUUAGUAGGUUCAAUCAAAGCUAUAACAUGAGUAUGAAAGAGUACGCUCAGAAAUUCAAUGAGUACACCUCAACUGUAGUUCAAGAUGAGGGAACUAAGGCUCAGAAGUUUGAAGACGGACUUAAGUUUGAUCUUCAGACUCGAAUGGGAGGUAAUACCUCAACUACUUUCACGGAGGCGUAUGCUAAGACCUCAAACUUAGAGAGACUUCUGCAGCGUGAAAGAGAGGUGCUAAGUAUACAUAAAAGGAAGGAACCGAGCAACACUAAAAACCAAGGGUACGAUAAAAGGCCUAACAACAACAACAAUAGUGGAAACAACAACAACAAUGGAAGACGCUACAACAACCGCAACAAUCAGAAUUCUGGACAACAUGCCCAACAAGGAAACAGGAUCCAAAGGAACUUUGUUUGCAAGAAGUGUACCAAGAGCCACCCAGGAUUCACUUGUCACGGUGAAAUGAUCAAAUGCUUCGAAUGUGGAGAAGUAGGUCACAAAUCAUUCAACUGUCCCAAGAAGCAAGCUCAAAUUGGACCAAAUGCGAACAACGGUAACAAUGGUAACAAUAAUGGAGGUGGAAACAGAAUUCAAAACUUCAAUAACAACCGCCCCAAUGGAGGAAAUGCUACACAUAACGGAAACCAGAACAACCGCUCUUUUUGA